AUGGGCAGCCUCAGCCUCAAGCUGGGGUCCCCGUCGGUCACGGCCAGCGGCGUCGAGUCUCUGGCCGACGCGCUCGGGGGCCUGCGGGGGCUCUGCUCGCUGAGGCUGUCGCUUCAGCGGUGCAGGACGAUCGGCUGCCGCGGCGCGGGGGCGCUGGCGGCGCGCCUGGGGGAGCUGCCCCGGCUGGCCGAGCUCGAGCUCGACGCCACCCAGGGCGGCGUCGGGGCGGCGGGGCGGGGCUCCCUGGACGCCCUGGCCGAUGGCCUGCGGGCACGCGGCGUGCUGGCCCGCUGCUGCCACGGCGGCUCGGGCAGCUCGUCCAGCAGAAGAAGGUGA